CCUCCCGCUCCCUCUUGCGACACUCAAUAGUAUCGUCAGAUCGAGACAUCCCCGUCGAUCGACCGGACGCACCCGGCCGCCAUGAUCUCGUGGCACGACCUGUACACGGUGCUGUGCGCGGUGGUGCCGCUGUACGUGGCGAUGAUCCUGGCGUACGGCUCCGUGCAGUGGUGGGGCGUGCUGACGCCGGACCAGUGCUCCGGCAUCAACCGCUUCGUCGCCGUCUUCGCCGUGCCGCUCCUCUCCUUCCACUGCAUCUCCGCCAGCAACCCGUACGUGAUGAACCUCCGCUUCAUCGCCGCCGACACGCUGCAGAAGGUCCUCGUCCUCGCCGCGCUCGCCGUCUGGUCGCACCUCCCGCCCGCGCGCGGCUGCGGCGGCGGCACGAAGCUGCGGGAGCCGUUCGACUGGUCCAUCACGCUCUUCUCCCUGUCCACCCUGCCCAACACGCUCAUCAUGGGGAUACCGCUCGUCGUGGCCAUGUACGGGCGGUACUCGGGCGACCUCCUGGUGCAGGUGGUGGUGCUCCAGUGCAUCGUGUGGUACACGCUCCUGCUCGUCCUCUACGAGUUCCGCGCCGCGCGGGUGCUCAUCGCGGGGCAGUGCCCGGACGGCGCCGCGGCGCGCAUCGCCGACGUGCGCGUGGACCCGGACGUCGUGUCCCUGUGCGGCAGCCAGGCGGAGGCGGAGGCCGAGGUGGCGCCGGACGGCCGGGUGCGCCUCGUCGUGCGUCGGUCCACGUCGGCGUCGCGGCGGUCGCUGGCGACGCCGCGCCCGUCCAACCUGGCGGGCGUGGAGAUCUACUCGGUGAGCUCGUCGCGCAAUGCCACGCCCAGGGGGUCCAGCGGCAUCGCGCACGCGGACGCCAUCUGCGCCGCCGCGCCGCCGCCGCACGGCGCGUCGUCGCUGCGCAUGUCGAGCUUCGGCGCGGCGGACCUCUUCUCCCUGCACCCGACGCCGCGGCCGUCCAGCUUCGAGGAGCAGGCGGUGCGGGCCAGGUCUGCCGCCGCGGUGGCGCCCAGCAACGACCCCAGGGACGCGCACAUGUUCGAGUGGAGCUCCGGUGCGUCCGCGACGUCGGAGGUGCGCGGCUUGCCGGUGUUCCACGGCGGCGACAUCCACCGCGGCAUGGAUCCCCGCCGGCUCGUCCCCUCCGAGGCGCCUCCGAGAGGUCAGUGAUCCAUAAACGUGCAAGCACUGGUGUGAUGGUCGUCAGCGCCUGCACGCACCGUACGUACGCGGGUUCUGUUUGUUUCAGCGAUGCGGCCGGGGGAGCGCGUCGUUACGGGGUACCCGGCGGACGCCGGGCAGGACAUCGUUCUGGCCAAGCUGGAAUCCGGCUCGACGGAGGCCGAGCGGAAGGACGCCUGCGGAAGAGAUGGCGGCGCCGGAGAGCAGCAGGCGGCGGCGCCGGCCGGCGUGAUGAUGCGGCUGAUCGUGACGAUGGUAUGGCGGCGGCUGAUCCGCAACCCCAACACGUACGCCAGCGUCGUCGGCCUCACCUGGUCUCUCAUCUCGUUCCGAUUCCACUUCGCGAUGCCAGCCAUAGUGAAGAACUCCAUCACGAUACUCUCCGAUGCAGGGCUAGGCAUGGCCAUGUUUAGCUUAGGGCUCUUCAUGGCCUUGCAGCCCAAGAUCAUCGCCUGCGGGAACACCGUCGCGGCCGUCACCAUGGCAAUCCGCUUCUUCCUCGGCCCCGCCGUCAUGGCCGCCACGUCCGCCGCCGUCGGCCUCCGCGGCACGCUCCUGCGCGUCGCCGUCGUUCAGGCUGCUCUGCCGCAGGGGAUCGUGCCCUUCGUGUUCGCCAGAGAGUACAGCCUGCACGCCACCAUUCUUUCCACCGGGGUCAUAUUUGGCAUGCUAAUCGCUCUUCCCAUCGGCUUGGUCUACUACGUUGUUCUGGGACUACUGUGAACGGUGUCACUCCAACCGCGCCAAAAGCCAGCUGAAGCUGACAUGAUCAUCGGCCGGUGAUGGAUAACGGUGGUGCAUG